GCUGGCCGAGCAGGGAGCCUCACGGGCGGCCUGCGGAGCGAGCAAGUGCCGCUGCAAGGAAGCAGACAUGCCGCGGAGGAAGCAGCACGCGCCGCGCCGCGCAUCCGCAUAUGUCCCUGAAGACGAGAAGGAAGCAGCUCUGCUUGACGAGGACCUUGAUGGAGCGGAAUCAUUCCAGGAAGGGGAGGAGCCUGCCGCCAAGUUCCUCUGUCAUGACAAAGACUUGCUCCUCAAGGACAGGCCGGGGUCGGCCGACUUCCACGACUCUCCCAACACGGCUGACUUUUCUGGUCAGGAGCUGGACAGUGAGUCCCACCUGAGCGAAUCCAGUGACAGGAUGUCUGACUUUGAGAGCCCGCCCCUUAUAACUGAAGAUGACCUUCUCCUUUUUAAAGAUCCCACAAACACUCUUUCCCUGUCGUCGACCUUCAUGGCCGCCGCAGACAAUGCUGCGACACUAAGUGGAGACGACGCUGUACUUUCCGCCGCUGGGUCUGUGGCUGAUAGCCUGGAAAAGAUGAAGGCAAUUUACACAUCCUUCCUAAAUAAUUCCUACUGGUCUACUCUUAACCUGAAUCUGAGCCAACCGUCGGUAGAGAAACCUCCUCGAAGUCACAGCAACAGUAGUAGCAGCAGCAGCAACAGUAGCUGUGGAAGCGGAGGCUAUGACUGGCACCAGACUGCUAUUGCCAAGACGUUCCAGCAAGCCUCACAGAACCACCAUAACCGACUAGCCAUGGCUCGGCAUCCCGUUGUAGCUGUGUCAACGCCAUCUACAGAACCCAGCCUCUUUAGCACCGUACAGCUGUACCGCCAGAGCUCUAAGUUGUACGGUUCCAUAUUCACUGGUGCUAGUAAAUUCCGCUGCAAGGACUGCAGCGCUGCAUACGACACGCUAGUGGAGCUAACGGUGCACAUGAACGAGACUGGUCACUACAGAGAUGAUAACCACGAGACAGACAGGGAGAACACAAAGCGGUGGUCAAAACCGAGGAAGCGCUCCUUGCUGGAGAUGGAAGGGAAGGAGGAUGCACAGAAAGUUCUGAAGUGCAUGUACUGUGGACACUCAUUUGAAUCCCUUCAGGACUUAAGUGUCCACAUGAUCAAGACCAAACACUACCAAAAAGUGCCUCUGAAAGAGCCUGUGACGCCAGUGGCAGCCAAGAUUUUCUCCUCAGCUCGAAAAAGAACCCCUAUCGAAUUGGACAUACCCAGCUCACCGGACUCAAAUGGCGAAGCCACACCUAAGCCAACCUCCCUUGCUGAGUCUGACAUGCUCCAGAAGGCCAACAACCCAUACAUUACAGCCAACAACCGCUACGGACAUCAGAAUGGCGCCAGCUACUCCUGGCAGUUCGAGUCCAGGAAGUCACAAAUCCUCAAAUGCAUGGAGUGUGGCAGCUCUCAUGAUACACUGCAAGAUCUGACCGCCCACAUGAUGGUGACCGGACACUUCAUCAAAGUCACCAACUCUGCUAUCAAAAAGGGCAAACCCAUUAUAGAGGCUGCCAGUCUAGUGCCAAUAUCUAACUCCACAGCAGAGGAGAAGUUUCAGUCAGUUCCUCUGGCUGCUACAACGUUCUCUCCACCACCUGCCUCGGUACAUCCUCCAACCAGUAUUCCGCCCACCGCCAUGGCAGUGGAGAUAAAAACAGAAGACAAGGAAGAGGAAUGCACUAAAGAAGUUAUCGUCAACAACAGUAAUCAUGUGAGCUGGGACAAAAUGUCAGGAGAUGAAGAUGAGCCUGAGGAGAAGUUUGACAUUUCUUCAAAAUACACAUAUCUGACUGAGGAAGACCUGGAUGAUAGUCCCAAAGGAGGUCUAGACAUCCUCAAGUCGUUAGAGAACACGGUGACUUCAGCCAUCAGCAAAGCCCAGAAGGGAGCGCCGAGCUGGGGGGGAUAUCCCAGCAUACACGCUGCCUAUCAGCUCCCCAAUAUAAUGAAGUUGUCCCUCGGUAACUCUGGGAAAAAUUUCCCUUUGAAAUUCAUGUUCCCGGGAGCAGAAAUUAUCUCUGCCGCCGCCAAGAGCCAGUCAUUGAUUUCGCCACCGAUCCGCCAAAAGUCUCUUCUGUCCAAAAACAACUUCCAUGCCAUGGAGGAGCUAGUCAAGAAAGUGACAGAGAAAGUGGCAAAAGUAGAAGAGAAAAUGAGGGAGCCUAGGGAUGUUCUGAGGUCAUCUCCUAUGAGAACCACACCCUCACCCUGCAGCAGUGAGGCAGGAGACACCAGGGGUGAGUCUCCCAGAGACAAUAAAGCAGAAAGCUGUAAAAUCCCUGGCAGUUUGUUUAGACCCAUUACUGAUGAUGUCUAUGGAACAAAUCACCAAGAAACAAAUGAGGAUAGUAGCAUGACAGAAUUCAUGGAGAAUGGUGUCGAAUCGACAGCAACCUCACCCCAGCCAGGGUCAAUAUGCGGCAGCACUGCCGUCAUAACCGACCAUCUGCCUCCAGAGCAGCCAUUCGUCAACCCUCUGAGCGCGCUGAAGUCAGUCAUGAAUGCACACCUGGGGAAGGCGGCCAAGCCCGCUCUACCCUCUCUCGACCCGAUGAGCAUGUUGUUCAAGAUGAGCAACAAUUUAGCGGAGAAGGCAGCGGUGGCAGCCUCCACCCCACCUGCGCAGAUCAAAAAGUCCAGCAGCGACCACCUGGACUGCUACUUCUACCAGCAGCACCCCAGCAACGACCAACCAAUAGAUCUUACCAAAGGCAAGCAUGCUGACAAAAAUGGCAGUUCUACCAUCUCGGUGUCCCCCUCCUCUGCAGUCACCAUGUCCAAAGCUUCAGCUGCUGUCGCUUCAUUCAUGUCCACGUCCCCCCUGAGAGAAAACGCCCUGUCAGACAUUUCCGACAUGCUGAGGAACCUGACAGAGAGCCAGGUGGUCUCCAAGGCUUCCACGCCCACUAGCUUGUCCGAGCGCUCCGACAUUGAAGGUGCUACUCAGGAGGAGGGGGAGGAGAGCUCCCCUGCUCAGAAGCGCAAAGGCCGCCAAUCCAAUUGGAAUCCUCAGCAUCUCCUCAUCCUGCAAGCCCAGUUUGCCUCCAGCCUGAGACAAACAACUGAUAGCAAGUACGUGAUGGCAGACCUCAGCCCACAAGAGAGGAUGCACAUCUCCCGCUUCACUGGACUCUCCAUGACCACAAUAUCCCACUGGUUGGCCAAUGUCAAGUACCAGCUGAGAAGAACCGGUGGUACCAAGUUCUUAAAGAACUUAGAUUCAGGUCAUCCGGUGUUCUUCUGCAGCGACUGUGCCUCGCAGAUCCGCUCACCGUCCACCUACGUCAGCCACUUGGAGUCCCACCUUGGCUUCCGACUGAGAGACCUUCCCAAGAUGUCUGGGGAGCAGCUGCUUUGUCAGAUUAGCCACCAGCACCAGCGCCACAUCAAAGGACUCUCUGAAAAACUGCUGUCCAGCCUCCAUCCUUCCAGCCACCCGCUUCCCUCCUCUUUGCCCACGUCCCAGACUCCGUCCUUUCCCAUCUCGUUGCCAUCAUCUCUGCCCACCUCUCUGCCCUCGGCUGACUCGGCCUCACCCUCCCCCAACAAUGACGAGGACAGUGGUGCCGCCGUGCACCAGUGCAAACUUUGCAACCGGACUUUUGCCAGCAAGCAUGCUGUUAAGCUCCACCUGAGCAAGACUCACGGGAAGUCCCCAGAGGACCACCUCAUGUACGUGUGCGAGCUGGACAAGCAGUAG